AUUUAUUUAUAUAAAGUUAAGUUGUUAUGACGUAUCAGUAUACCUCUGGUGGUGUCAUGAUGCAGUAUUAUCUUUUAACUUUUGUUCGUACUACCUCAAUGAAAUUUAAUUGGCAUUUUACUUCCUAUUCGUGCAUUAUACAUUCGUAAUAUAUACAUAUUUAUUUUAUCUGCAAUAAAGUAAGAUACGUUUGCCUUUUAAAUUAUUAAGAACGUUCUAAAGUAAAACCGAAAAGCACUUUUAAAACUAUAGGUUACAUCUGAUGUAGUAAAUUGAAAGUUAUAUAAAUUAAAAGUUAAAUUCAAAUAUUAAAUGUUAAAUUCAAAUAUAAGUUUUAAAGGUUAAAAUUCAUAAUUUAAAAUUAAUGCGUACGUCUUGUAUGGAAGAUAGAAAAUGUUCCUAAGUUGGCCGUCGCUUACUUAAAAACUUCGUCAUGUCAGGAUGUUCUUGGUUCUGGCUGAUUAGAAAUCAUUGGAAGAGGAAGCACACUAUUGUGGAUGAGGGUCAUGGCCCUAAGAAAUAUCGACGCAGACAGCUAUGCGAAUACCUAUCAACUCUCAUCCGGGCCUGUGCGAACAAGGACAACACAGAAGAAACAUGCGACAAAGCAAUUCUGGGAGCCAUUCAGUUCCACAGGAAGAGCAAGCUGAAAAACAAUCGUGUCUGCCUCAUGGGGAAGUAUCACAAUGUCCUCUAUGUUGCAGCCAGGAUUGCCUUCAAGUUCAACCUGAGGAACACCACCACAGUACAGCAACUCCUCCAAGAGAUCUUUGACUGCGAGCAGACCUUUGAGAGGCUGGUGUCUGGUGCUAUAUUUGGGCCAAAGAUUUGUAGUGCCUUCUCAGGCUGGAAGAGUGAGUUCGACAACAGAAAUGAGUGCCUGCAGGCUCUGAAAUAUUUCCUGCAUCAUGCAAUGUUGGCUCGACUCCAGUUCUCACUCAAUGGUACAGAGGUGAGGAUGGUAGAUGUACCCUUACAAACCUGUAUGAGGGCUAGUCCUGCUACAGUGGCCAUACAUGCUCAGAGGCCUGAUGUCUUCCUCCUUCUUGUCCAGUAUGGUGCCAAGGUCCAUCAACUACCUUAUGGCCUUCUAAGUCCAUUGGAGAUGUUGGAUGAGAUGAUCAAUUGCCAUUCUGGAGUGACAUGCCACAUCUUCACCUGUAGGAAUAUUGCUGCUGUCGUGAGACCUUCAGGAGUUGAAGGGUGGCCAGUUGCUAGCCUUAAGCACCUCGCUCGUGUGGCCAUUAGGGAAUCGCUCAACGACAACUUCCAAUUGCCUGUUGGGAUAUACCUCCUGCCUCUGCCCAAGAGUCUCAUCAGGUAUAUAAGCCUUGAGGGAGAAUAAUCUCAUGUUCAUAAAAAUAAAAAAAAAUAAAAAAGUUUGAAUAAAAUUCAAACCAAAACAAAAUUAUUUGACUACCACUGACUAAGUGUUUGAUAUUGUUAUUAUUGUUAAUAGAAAAAUAAAUUAAAUCGAUUUAUAUUAAUA